AUGGAAGUGUGGGCAGCCGGCGCUGUAAAGCACCGUCGCGUGGCGUACGUCAAUGGAACGAUCGAGGGCUUCCCGUCGGCAACCAUGAAGAGCUUUGGUACAUUCAAGGAGCCCUGGUUUAACACAAUUCUCGCCCCUGCCAGCAAGGCCAGGGUGCCUUCCCCGGCUGCAUUGUUUGGAUAUUUUGACUUUGGCUUCAAUGCCCAGGAUUCAGAGGCGUCCGCCGACUGA